CUCGGAAGCAGCAGGGCAGAACUGGGCGUUGCUGGCAGGGCCUGGCAGACCUCUGACCACAGGCCACAGCCAGGUUCCCCCUUCCCGGGCCGUUGGUGAGGGUGGGGGCCGUGUCUUGCUGAGCUCUGGAAGGAGCCGUGGGCCUGCGUUUACCAUGGGCCCCAGGGCAGGGGAGUGGGGUCGCCUGCUGCUGACCGUGGCCGUGGUCCUCACGCUGCCUCCGAGGCCCGCAGGCUCCUGGGGCGCCCGGAUCAUUGGGGGUCACGAAGUGACGCCCCACUCCCGGCCUUACAUGGUGUCUGUGCAAUUUGAGGGCCAGCACCACUGUGGGGGCUUCCUGCUGCGAGCCCGCUGGGUGGUCUCCGCAGCCCACUGCUUCAGCCACAGGGACCCCCGCACGGGCCUGGUGGUGCUGGGGGCUCACGUCCUGCGUGCCCCGGAGCCUACACAGCAAGUGCUUGGCAUCUCUGCCGUCAUCAGGCACCCGGACUACCAGCCCGACAUCCACGCCAAUGACAUCUGUCUGCUGCUGCUGAACGCCUCUGCUGUCCUGGGUCCCGCAGUGGGGCUGCUGAAGCUGCCGCGGAGAGACGCCAGGCCACUCAAGGCUGGGGCACGGUGCCAGGUGGCGGGCUGGGGCUCCGUAUCAGACUUUGAGGACCUGCCGCCCGGGCUGAUGGAGGCUGAGGUCCGCGUGCUGAGCCUGGACAUCUGCAACAGCUCUUGGAGGGGCCAGCUGAGCCCUGCCAUGCUCUGCACCCAAAGUGGGGACCGCCGGCGGCGUGGCUUCUGCUCAGCCGACUCUGGGGGGCCCCUGGUGUGCAGGAACCGGGCCCAUGGCCUUGUCUCUUUCUCCGGACUCUGGUGUGGCGACCGCAAGACCCCCGAUGUGUACACACAGGUGUCUGCCUUUGUGAGCUGGAUAUGGGAUGUGGUUCGAAGGCCCCCGGCCCAGCCCCCUGCCCAGGACCACUGGGUCCCUGAGCAGCCACCAGAACCACAACAGCACUGGGGAUAGAGACGGGAUGGCGAAUGACUGCGACAGCUCCUUCCCCAGAAACCCCAUGGCCUGGCAGGUCAUCCACAGGCCCCCACAGGCCCCGGGGAAGCCUGGUGGGUAUGGGGUUGGGGUGGGGCAGGAGACGGCAUCCGUGCCAAACGCAAAGGGCCAAAUGACCAAAUAAAACGUUAACCGAAUAACCAGA